GAGCCAUCCUCACUGCAGCUGACAGUGUCUCGGGGCCUCAGCUCUCAGCUUCCAGACCUCUCCCCGCUCCCAGCCCCCCAUGCCGAGGUCCGCCUUGUCAAUCAUUUCCUUCUGUCAUCGGCUUGGCAAACAGGAGAGAAAACGGAGCUUCAUGGGAAACAGCCGCAACAGUUGGUCUCACGCGCCAUUCCCCAAGUUGGAGCUGGGCCUGGGGUCCCGGCCCGCAGUGCCGCGGGAGCUCCCCGCCUGCUCCAUCUGCCUGGAGAGGCUGCGGGAGCCCGUCUCGCUGGACUGUGGCCAUGACUUCUGCGCGCGGUGCUUCAGCACACACCGCGUCCCGGGCUGCGAGCCGCCUUGCUGUCCAGAGUGCCGGAAGAUCUGCAAGCAGAAGAGGGGCCUCCGGAGUCUGGGGGAGAAGAUGAAGCUCCUGCCGCAGAGGCCUCUGCCCGCUGUGCUGCAGGAGACCUGCUCCGUGAGGGCCGAGCCGCUGCUGCUGGUGCGCAUCAAUGCCUCCGGAGGCCUCAUCCUGAGGAUGGGGGCCAUCAACCGCUGCCUGAAGCACCCCCUGGCCAGGGACACCCCUGUCUGCCUCCUCGCUGUCCUGGGGGAGCAGCACUCAGGGAAGACCUUCCUCCUCAACCACCUGCUCCGGGGCCUGCCGGGCCUGGAGUCAGGGGAGGGCGGCUGGCCGAGAGGAGGAGGGUCCCUGCAGGGGUUCAGGUGGGGUGCCAAUAGCCUCACCAGGGGCAUAUGGAUGUGGAGUCACCCCUUCCUGCUGGGGAAGGAGGGGAGGAAGGUGGCUGUGUUCCUGGUGGACACAGGGGACGCCAUGAGCCCGGAGCUGAGCAGGGAAACCAGGACCAAGCUCUGUGCCCUCACCACGAUGCUGAGCUCCUACCAGAUCCUCAACACCUCCCCGGAGCUGAAGGAUACAGACCUGGAAUAUCUGGAGAUGUUUGUGCACGUGGCCGAGGUGAUGGGCAGGCAUUAUGGGAUGGUGCCGAUCCAGCACCUGGAUCUCUUAGUCCGGGACUCAUCCCACCCCAACAAGGCAGGGCUGGGGCGCGUGGGUGACGUCAUCCAGAAAGCCUCCAGCAAAUACCCCAAGGUUCAGGAGCUGCUCCGAGGGAGGCGAGCCCGCUGCUACCUCCUGCCUGCUCCCGAGAGGCGGUGGGCCAGCAAAGACCACGGAAGCCCAGGCGACACAGAUGACGAUGUCCGCCACCUCUGUGCCUACGUCGCCGAUGUGCUGAGUGCGGUCCCCCAGCACGCCAAGAGCCGCUGCCAGGGGUACUGGAGCGAGGGCCGCCCCGCGGCCAGGGGAGACAGACGCCUGCUCACCGGGCAGCAGUUAGCUCAGGAAAUCAAGAACCUCUCAGGCUGGAUGGGGAGGACGGGGCCCGGGUUCACCUCCCCGGACGAGAUGGCCGCCCAGCUGCACGACCUGAGGACGGUGGAAGCUGCCAAGAAGGAGUUUGAGGAGUACGUGCGGCAGCAGGACGUGGCCACCAAGCGCAUAUUCUCCGCGCUCCGGGUACUGCCCGACACCAUGCGGACCCUCCUCGCCACCCAGAAAGAUGCCAUCCUGGCCCGCCACGGGGCGGCCCUGCUGUGCAAGGGCAGAGAGCAGACCCUGGAGGCCCUGGAGGCCGAGCUGCAGGCCGAGGCCAAGGUCUUCAUGGACUCUUACACCAUGCGCUUCUGUGGCCACCUGGCCGCCGUCGGGGGCGCCGUGGGCGCCGGGCUCAUGGGCCUGGCGGGCGGCGUGGUGGGCGCCGGCAUGGCCGCGGCCGCACUGGCCGCGGAGGCCGGGAUGGUGGCGGCCGGCGCGGCGGUGGGGGCCACGGGGGCUGCGGUGGUCGGGGGUGGCGUGGGCGCCGGGCUGGCUGCCACCGUGGGCUGCAUGGAGAAGGAGGAUGAUGAGAGGGUGCAGGAAGGGGACCGAGAGCCCCUACUGCAGGAAGAAUAACGGGGCCCAGGAGACCCAAGGGAGGAAGAGGUGCCGGGUGGGAGGGCAGGAGGUGCCGGAGGGGAGGGCUUGGGGGCGGCGUGCUGCACCGCCCCGCUCCAAUGCCCAGUGUCCGGGUGGCUGGCCGAGCUGGACAAUCCAGGUGGCUCCAGGAUCCUGGGGAGGCCGCCUGGGGCCAGGAGGCAGUGUCUGGGGGCAGUGGAUAGAGGACAGGGCCCGUUCCUGGUUGCAGACCACUGCUAACCUGCCUGUGGUUCCCAAACCAACUUUACCCCAGGGUUUCCCACCCAGAAUGAGGCUCCACUGGCCUCCCUCUCCUGGCUUAUUCCCCUGAUGACCCUGAAUUGUAGGAAGGCUGAGCAGGCACCAUUCUGGAAGUCUCCCUUGGGUGGAGAGGAUCUGUCCCUUCACAGAUGGGAGAAGCCGCGGGGUCGGGUGACGUUGGUGCUCAGGACCAGGGAGCACUAAUGAGGGGCUGGGGGAGAGAGAGAAGGAGCGGCCACUGGGCAGAACCAAAGAGUCCAGUGUGGUGGACAGUGACCUAAUCCCCAGAGUGGAGACACUUUGCUCUGAUGACUUUUCCCAGAGCUGCCCCCAGGAGGAUAAUGGUGGCCUCCCUGACCCUCCGCAGCCCCAGGGAGUCCACAUAUGCACUUUGAAUGGGGGUCCCUGUAGAUCUUCCCUCAUGGGUGUGUCCUUUGUUGAGCAAGCUCAGACAGCAGAGUGCCCAAGUUCUUUCUGGAAUGCUGUCCCAGCAAUGGGUUAGAUGCCAAAGAAAAAUGCCCGUAAUUGCAUUCUGAGCUAAAUCGGACAGCCCUCGUGAGUCUAUGAAAGUCCUGCAAGGGACAGCAAAGGGAAGAACACAUUCCAUCCCGAACACGAACACGCCCUUUUUCUGGAGCCCAUGUCUGCAGGAGACCUGGGUGCAACCCCCCCCAGGAACCCAGAGGGCCCAGCGUCCUUCCAUGGGACAGAAAAGUCCUGCUGGAAGACUUCUAGGCUAUUAAGCUGUAAAGUAUUCAUGGGCGCCUUAUAUGAAAAAUAAACUGUGUGUGCUUGA